GUUUAGUUACGUUUUGCUGUGUGAUCAAGUAGCACGUGGUAGCGUUUUCUUGUUUCAAUGUCGAAAAGCAUGUUAAAGAGUACAUUAUUCAGUAUACAAAAUAUUUAAAUAAGUGUUUACAAGUAAUAAUUUUUAUUGUUUGAUUAUUAAAAUAAAAUAGUUUAGGCAUAUUAUCUUUAACGGAAAAAUACAACAUUUAAAGUAUACACGCUGAUAUUUCCAACAGUACAUCUAUAAACAUUUUGGAAAAUGAACAACCAAGAAAGGAUAUUACCUGAAGCUAACAUACGAUCGUGUAUCGUAGUGUUAGCCAGUUUCUUGGUCAAUGGUCUUGUUUUUAGUUUUAUCAAUUCCUAUUCAGUGACUUAUGUAUAUCUCUUGAAAAGACUAGAGGAUGCUGGUGUCAGUGAAGCAUCGUCAAAAGCAUCAUUGGUUGGCUCUUUGACAGUGGGAACAACAUUUCUAAUGUCACCUAUCGCUGGAGUUCUCGUUGAUCGUAUAGGAAUUAGGACAACUACGUUUAUAGGUGGUUUUAUUGCUACUAAUAGUUUAUUAAUAUCAUCAUAUUUCACACAUCAAGUGGAAGUAUUAUACGUAACUUACGGCCUAUUAUAUGGUAUUGGCGCAUCAUUAGCUUAUACGCCUUCAUUGGCUAUUCUUGGUCAUUACUUCAAAAAAUACCUUGGUCUGGUAAACGGUAUAGUUACUGCUGGAAGUUCAUGUUUCACUAUGUUCAUGCCAUACAUCGUAGAUCAUUUACUUGUUAAAUUUGGUCUAGAUAACUGUUUAAGAUGGGAAGCAGCGAUGUCAGCCAUGCUAAUGGUAUGCGCUUUGGCAUUCAAGCCUACAAUCAAAGUGGACAAAUCGGAUAUGCAUAAAUCCCUGUCUGAAGAACUGCGAUCAUUGGUCAAUAUUGACAUUUGGAAGAACCCUAAAUAUGUUAUUUGGGCCACAAUGAUUCCUCUCGCUCUCUUCGGAUACUUUGUCCCUUACGUCCAUUUGGUGAAAUUUGUUGAUGACCGUUUUCCACAAAACGAUGGUAAAAUAUUAGUCACGUGUAUAGGCAUUUCCUCGGGAAUCGGUAGAUUAAUUUCAGGACCAAUAUCUGAUUAUAAAGGAGUUAAUAGAAUCGUUAUGCAACAGAUGUCUCUGUUUGUUAUUGGCUUGAUGACUAUGUUUAUCAUUACUGUACCAUACUUUUCCAUACUAUUGAUUAUUACAUUAAUAAUGGGACUUGCUGAUGGAUGUUUUGUUAGUGUCAUGGGUCCAAUCGCUUUUGAUUUAGUUGGUCAAAAAGGCGCUGCACAAGCCAUCGGAUGCAUUCUUGGUCUAUGUUCUAUACCACUGACAGUCGGCCCACCUGUUGCUGGUUGGAUGUACGAUAAGUAUAAAUCUUAUACUGGUGCAUUUUUAAUUGCUGGACUACCACCCAUGAUUUUCGGAAUACUAUUAACUACUACACGGUGUGUAAGGAAAAGGAAUAUGGAAAUGGCAUUAGAAGAUAAGGAUCUAAAUGAACCAAAACUUCUUGACCCAAUGCCUGAGUCCUACAGAAAAGAAGACCCUGAAGAAGUUUGUUGAUGACACAUUAUUUUGCAGACAAGUACAUACCGUAUAAUGCCGCAACCAUCUCUCUUUUGUCCGCAAAUAUAUUUGAACAUAAAGUAUUUACAAAACAAAACAAAUCAAAUUGACUUAAUUUAUUUUUUAAAUUGGUGAAACUCCACAGCUAAUAAAUACUACCUACUUAAUUGUAUAUAAUAUGAUCAUAAUAUUGUGUAUCACUUCUUACAAUAAUAACUACCAAUAUUAUAGUAUUAAAGUACUGUAGCAUUAUCAUUUUUUAUAAACAUACAAAUUUAAAGUUAACAUGUCAUAUAAUUAUAUUUUUGUAAAUAAUUUAGAAGUACAUUUUUAUAUUGUACAUUUUUUUUUUUUUUUGUAUCACGUAAUAAAAACCUUUGACUAAUAAU